AUGAUGAUGAAACUUAUGGAACCGCUGAAAGGUAAGGUGGUUAGUUAUGUUGAUGAAGUCAUUGUGGCAUCUGAAACAGCACAAGAAGGGCUUGAGAAUUUAGAAGAAUUUUUGAAAAUUAUUCGUCAUGAAGUCGACGAGAAUGGUAUAAAACCUGGUAUAACUAAAACCAUUGCGAUAAAACAAUUUUCUAUACCAACAAAUGUAACAGAAGUCAGACGUUUCUUGGGACUUACAGGUUACUUCAGGAAAUUUGUUCAGAAUUAUGCACAAAUUGCUCAUCCGUUAACACAGUUAACGAGAAAGAAUAUUGCUUUUAAAUGGUCAUCGGAAUCUGAAAGUGCUUUCCUCAAACUAAUUGAAUUGUUAGCUAAUGAGCCGCUUUUGGGAAAAUAUGACAUAUGA